AUGGGUUUAGAGGUCUCCUUGACCAAGGACAAGAUCCAGGACUUUGGGGACUUGCUAGGAGAACCUGUUCGUGGUAGCUGCGAUCAGGCUUACGUGGAAAUCCGUGAUGGAGGAACUAUAUUAUCCCCUCUCUUGGCGACCGCCUGUGGGUCCACCCUCCCGAGUACCCAACACAGCACUGGGAAUAUUUUGUACGUGCGAUACUUUAAUAAUAUGACUCAUCACCACACCGGAUUCAAGGCUGUUGCUGAAAUAGAUACCUGCGGUGGUACCUACAGCGUCCUUGAGAGCGGAGUCCUCACCUCGCCGAACUACCCUGAGGCAUUCCCAGACAAUAUCAACUGCACCUGGCGUCUUGUAGGGCCUAUUGGGCACUUCCUCAGCCUCCAGUUCCUUGAUGUGCAACUUGAAGGCCCAGACACCGAUUCAAACUGCACUAGUGCCUUGAGACGUGUAGUUAUCCGCGACAAUUCAACGGACGGUGAAGUGCUUGCCCAGGCAUGUGGGACGAACCUGCCCGCCCCCGUGGACACAGCAGCCAACGUGGCUUAUGUGGUGUUCAGAGGCUUUGAUAACUCCGACCAAAGGGGUUUUAAACUAGUCUACAACGUUAGCAUAGAAGAAUGUGGAGGAGAGGUGUCAGGUCCCGAAGGCGAAAUCAGGUCCCCAGGUUAUCCACAUGGGUACACUCGAAACAGGGUCUGUGUUUGGCACAUUACUGUUCCCGAGGGGCGCAAAGUGACAGUCGAAGUGGUGGACAUAGACUUGGCCCUCAGUUACUACGAAAUGUAUAAUACCUAUUAUUGCCAGGAUUACAUAGAAAUACGUAAUGGACCUGAUCGCUUUUCACCUACGUUUUAUCCGUUCAGCUUCCUCUGCGACACCAGGAAUGCCAAAUGUGCACCUCAGUUGAGGAAUCAAUUUAAAAGGAUUCAGUGUUGUGAAUCUUUAACAAUUUUCUUUAGCGUGAUUGUGUUAAUUUAG